UGAUCUCGGUCGGUCUCGCCGUCAGUUUCCCGGCAAACGCUGCUCGGGGAGGCGGGAAUCGAGGAGGCCGUGAGGGUGCCAGACUUGUGAAGGCAGAGGAGUGUAUCGAGCCAUCAACAAUGCAGUGUACCGGACUAUUACCAGAAGUCGCGCUGAAGGCUGCCGUCCCGCCGCCCAGCCCGGCGACCCUUCUUCACCGCACCAUCCAGCGCCGGCUGACCCUGGGUCAGGUCACCGCCGGUCGUCGCGCCCGACGCAGGCUCUUCUCUGCUGUCGAUGCCGACGAUGUGAGCCGCUUCGUGAAGCGAGAGCUGGCGGCCAUCCGGGCCGCCGACCGGCGCCGCUACAACUUCGACUUUGAUCGGAUGGAGCCGCUGGAGGGCCGGUUCCAGUGGGAGAGGGUGGGCGGCUGUCCGAGCCCCUGUGAGAACACCCCUCUGCACCGAUCGGCCAGGAGGCUGCAGCUCGACUGUCCCCAAGGAGAGCCCACCGACGGCCUGGACAGCGCGCGGUCACCCCUCACCUGCCCCGGAAAACACAGGAUCGGUUUCCAGUCGGUGGACGACACCCCGGCCAAACCACUGCCGGAGGCGUCUCAGCUCAACUGCUGCCAAAGUGAAGCUAGUUCCAUUCGCUCCAGAGCUGCCAGCGAAGGUGUGACCUGCAGCCGUCUGAAGCAAGCUGUCCUCACAGACCUCUGGCAGACGCGAAAGCGUGCCGGCGUGUGGGUCAAUGCUGAGGAACCACCAAAGAAACGCGUCUCGUCCUCACUUCAGCCACCGGCCCCCGGAGCUCUCAACGUAGCGCUUUCAGAGGAGAGGAACCCGGCACCUAGCCGACAGUCGGUACUUAGCGAGCUACAGGAUGAGCAGCUGCUCUCAUAGUCAACAUGUGAUCAAUCCUAAGGCCAAACGUGAACAGCAGAUAAAAGACACGUCCGACGACGAUGACGAAAACCAAUGAACCGUUAUCUGUGCACAAAUGUGAAAUUGCACAGGUGUUGAACCCGAGUUGCCAUUGAUUAGCUGCCAAUGUUGAUGUUGAGUGAGGCUGCAGCCGUUGCGUUGCGGUGCAUGUAGAACAAUGCCGUUAUGAUGACCAUGAGGUGACUUCAGGUGGUCAGUGUAGGAUGACGACGGCUCGCUGCCGACUUUGGUGGAUGUCUUUUGUCGCCCUUUCUGAAGUGUAUGUGUCAGCAUGCCUCUGAAGUGCUGUGCGUUAUAAGGUGGGCCGGUGUUUUCAUGACAUUAUUACUGCUUUGUUCCUGUUUUGGGAGGGUGCCAGCGUGACAUAUUGCAUUUGUAUUAUAUUGACAGCAAUAAACAUGACAAAUCAAAA